AAGUUAUACAAUGAAUGCCUGCAUAUGCUUCACCUAGAUUCAUAGGUUUGUUACUUUAUCUCUUUCUCUCCCUGUAUUUACACAUGCACACAUUUUAUUAGUUGAAUGAUUUGAGAGUAAGUUGCAGAAAACAUGACAGUUUAUUCUAAUACUUCAUCAUGUAUCUCCUAGUAACAAGUUCAUUCUCCUAUAUGACCAUGAUAGAGUUAUCACACUCAGUAUCUGUAACAGUGAUGCAGAACCAUUGUCCAAUAUGCAGUUCAUCAUCAGAUUUCCCUCAUUGCCUUAGUCAUGUCCUUUACAGAUUUUUUUUUUUUUCUGAUCUAAAAUCCUAUAAAGGGUCACACAGUGUGUUGUCCUGUCUCUUUAGUCUCCUUUAAUGUAGAAGAGUUCACUCUCCUUUUUGUUUUGCUUUGUUUUGUUUUUUGAGGCACUGAUAUUUUUGAAGAGUUCAGGCCUGCUAGAUUUCAGCUUGUCUGAUUAUUUCCUCAUGAUUAGAGUCAUGAUUAGAUUGGUAGAGAUGUUGGUGAUAUUAUUAUGUUUGACUGCUUGGUUAAGGUGGCUGCCAGAUUUCUCCAUUGUAAGGGUGUCUUUUGCCCCCCUCCAUUUUUUCUCCUAGUGCAAGUAGUUUAUUUGGGGACUGACCUCAGGACAUACUGGGAGAACAGAGAGGCAGUGAGAAGGGACAGAAAAGGCAGUCAACAAAAGGUGCAACCCAAGCUGAUUCCGCCGGGAACCUGGAGCCAACGCAGAACUCACGGCUUAGCUUACCCCACGGAAGGGGGUCUUCUGUGCCAUCUGGCUCUUCCAUUGCGUCAUGUCCGUUACACUCCUCCCACCUGCUGGCGUGUUGGCUCCGACAGCAGUUCAGCUACCGUGGCCUGUGUUUCCUCUUCAACCCCACAGAGAGGUCAACCUGAAUCAACAUGUCUGGGACUGAAGAAGCAAUUCUUAGCGGCCGUGACAGCCAUUCUGCUGGUGGCAGCUCUGUAUUAUGCUUUGGUCAGUACCGGUACACAGCAGAAGAGUACCAGGCCAUCCAGAACGCUCUGAGGCAGAGGCUGGGCCCAGAAUACAUAAGUAGCCGCACGGCUGGAGGAGGCCAGAAGGUGUGUUACAUCGAGGGUCACAGGGUAAUUAAUCUGGCCAAUGAGAUGUUUGGCUACAAUGGCUGGGCACACUCUAUCACACAACAGAACGUGGAUUUUGUUGACUUUAACAAUGGCAAGUUCUCCGUGGGCGUCUGUGCGUUUGUGAGAGUCCAGCUGAAGGUGAGGGUGAUGGAGGGGACGUGCUGCCUGCAGGCACUGGGCAGGUGGGAGAGUGAGCAGGAUGGUUCGUAUCAUGAGGACGUGGGCUAUGGUGUUAGCGAGGGCCUCAAGUCCAAAGCCUUGUCUUUGGAGAAGGCGAGGAAGGAGGCAGUGACCGACGGGCUGAAGCGAGCACUGAGAAGUUUUGGGAAUGCACUUGGGAAUUGUAUUCUGGACAAAGACUAUCUGAGGUCACUAAACAAGCUUCCACACCAGCUGCCUCUUGAAGUGGACUUAACUAAAGCAAAGAGACAAGACUUUGAACCAUCUGUGGAACAAGCCAGAUACAGCAGCUGCCGACAGAACCUGGCUCUGGGACCCCCCAAACCACAGGAGGUGACGUCCCCUUGCAGACCAAGCCACCAUGUUGUGAUGCCGGGGACGAGGACAGCAGCUCCGAGUGUGGGCCGCGUGCCCUCCCUGCCCCUGCUCCUUCCCAGAAGCCCGACCUCUGCUGCCGCAGAGAGCGAUGCCACGUACCAGCGGAAGCUCCGGCAAAGACAGCUGCAGCAGCGGUUCCGGGAGCAGAUGGAGAAACAGCACCAGGAACCCCCGUCUGGCCCACCUGCCGAGAAGCAGGGUCCCGCAGCGCUGCCACCAGUGCCACCUGCCGGAACUGCUGCUUCAGAGCCGCUCACCCAGAUAGACGUGCUUCCAGACAGUCUUGAAAUGUGGGACAUGGCUCUAGAUGCAGGGGACGAUGUGGUCAAGCCCUUGUCUAAACCAGAACCACCACAGGCCCCUGCCACCUCCGUCCUGAAGAACGAGAUGGAGACCUGGAACAGGACCCCACAGAGCCUUUGCCACCAGAAUCCACAGGCAAAAUCUGGACCCUGGCACCUUCAAACUUACCACCUUAACCAACACAUAACAGGAGACUGUGAUUCACAUAGGAAGAACCAGGACACGAAGAAAAGGAAAUUGGAUCCAUCUUGACCAAGGCUCAGGUCACCUCACUGGAUUCUGUCACAAAGGGACUUUCAAAAACUGCUUCUUGGUCAUGAAAUGACUCAUCAUUCCUAGGGAAUGAGCUUUACCUCCAGGGAUUUACCUUGCUUCAUGCUCAACUUCGCCAGAGGAUUUCACUAUUGGAACCUGACGCAGAUCAAGCUGGGCAGGUUGGGAAGCCCUGCGGAGAUUAAACAAACAAACAAACACCUUUUCUUUGGCUCUUCACUAUUUAUUCCUAAGCUUUUAUGUUAAUAAAGGUAGAAAUUCUAGGAAUCACAGUGGCCACCUUCCCCGUGCACCAACCUCGACAGCGGCCUGCGGUAUCUCACUCUGUGUGACCUCUGACCCCUUUCGCUGCCACUCAUCUACAACAAUCUGUCAUUUAUAGGCUCAUUGUGAAACUACCUCCAUUUUUUCCUAAUAAGGAAAUAAAAUCUAAGACCAAAGAAAAGGCAUUUUAAGAAAGCAAAAUAAAAUCCUACU